AUGGAAAUCGCUUCAUUUCGAAAAAUCGUCGAGCCGACGACUGUGUUGAACAAAUCCGUAUGUUUCCCUUCAGAAAUGACUUUUCAACGAUUGUUUUAGAUCACUGAAUCUAGUGAAAAUGAAAGCAGCAAGCAUUCUUCGACAACUCCGUUCUUAUAGUACGCCAGCAGCUUGGUAGCUUUUUUCCAGGCAAGACCUAUCAAAUUUUAAAUUUUCAGGUCAAAAACGCGUCCGAAGACCUUUUAUCACAAACAUUUGACAAUCGAGGAGGCGAAAAAUCGAGCCCAUGUGCCUAGUAAUGUCGGUUUUUGUUUUCGGUGAAAUGACAAUAGGAACUUGGACGCGCCCCGAGCGUGGCGGAGCAUUUAUAGUGACCACUUUAGUAGCGUCAGUGCUCUUAAGUGAUCCCUAGAAGCUCAGAAAUGUCCGGAACGCGUCCGGUUUUCGUUACCGAGGACCGAGAACGUUCAGGAAAUGGAUAUUUUGUCAUUUUUGGGAAAUUAUUGAAAUAAAACUUCAUAAAAUCAAAAAUUGUGAAAUGAACUGUUUUGAGCUUUUCAGCGCGUGAUUCAUUGCUUGAUUUGAAUUCAGGAAAUCAGAUUUCGGUAUUAUUCUCAUGUAUAAACUAAACUAUGCAGUCGGACGGCGUCGGUUUCGGCAAAGUCUUCACGGAUCAUUUCGUGGAGGCCGACUGGGAAAUGAACAGCGGAUGGGGCAAGCCCAAGAUCCGCCCGCUGGGCCUUCAGUCUUACCAUCCUGGGAUGAUGGUUCCUAGUUUUCUGAAGAAAUUUCAACUUUAUUAGUGAUUCCAGGCCUUCCACUACGGACUGGAGCUUUUCGAAGGCAUGAAGGCUUAUUAUGGCGUUGAUAAGAAGGUUAUUUAUUUUUAUUAUGGUUCUCAAAAAAUAAAAAUGUUCAGAUUCGCCUGUUCCGACCGGAGUUGAACAUGCAGAGGAUGCGGAGGUCGGCAGAGAGGAGCUGUUUUCCGGAUUUCGACACCGAGGAAGCCAUCAAACUUAUCGAGGAGUUGGUCAGUUUUUUUUUUUUGUUUUCUGAACUUUUGAAGAAAAUCUUCAUUCCUUGAUCAAGAGACCGCAAAAAUAUUUAUUUCAAUUUUUUUUUAAAAUUCGACCAUCCCUGGGUUCUCAUUUGGUUGUAGCGCAAUGUCCUAGGAAUCAAGUUCAAAAUUUGUUUCAAACUUCAAUUUUUUUAUCUAUUUUUGAUUACCACAGUUAUGUGGUCAUUCGAUUCCACUGACUCUCAUAUUCUUUUUAGGAAUGCUUAGAAAAGGAAUUUUAUGUUUUUGAGGUCCGCCUGGACUCCCAUUGGGUGCCAAAGUCAGAAAAGGCGAGUCUGUACAUCCGUCCGGUGAUGAUCGCCACGGACCCAUCCCUCGGCCUUCAUGUCCCCAACCAAGUCAAGUGGUACAUGAUCGCUGGGCCGGCCGGAAGCUACUUUGAGACCGGCAAUAAGGUUUUUGGGAAAAAAGAAAAAGAUUGGACCGAAGUCAGGGAGUAUCGCUGCUGGCAGAUCCGAGCUACGUCCGUUCUUGGCCUGGCGGCGUCGGCGCCUUCAAGAUGGGCUGCAACUACGCCCCGACUAUUUACGUUGGAAGGUUUGAUUUGAAUUCUAGAGCUGUAGUUAAGAAACUUUGGAAAAUAACUCGCAUGCUGAGCAGGGUAACCCCGCCGUGCUAACACGGGGUCUCCGCGGGUGCCCCCGUAUUAAACCCGUAUAAGCCCAGCUGAUAGAACUUUUGGCACUUUUUAGCCCAACUGAGACCCCGCUUUAGCCCAGCUGGGUUACCUAUUUUUCUUACACCCGUUGUUCCCCCGUUUUAGCCCAACUGAGACUAAAAUAACCUCAGAAACACGGGUUUAAUACGGGUACACCCGUUGAGACACCUGCUCAGCAUGCGAGAAGGUAGACAACUAACUUCGCCAGAGUGGCCCCUAGAGGGGUUAGGGUGAAAAAGCAGCCCCUAGAGGGGCCACUAACGGAAACGCCUAGAGUCGACAUUUUCGCAAUCAUUAUAGGAAUAUUUUCUAGGUUUUUCGGAGAGUAGUCCCUAUAGGGGCAACCUUAAGGGCAAUCAAAGGUUCUCUUCUAGGGGUCAUCUUACCUCUCCCUUUAGGGACCUAAGUUUUUCAAAAGUGUGAACUUUAGGGGUUUUCGUUAGUGGCCACUGUAGGGAAGCAUUCAAAUCGUUUAUUAGUAUGAAAUCUGCGUGAAGAAGGCGCAUAUCUAUUCAAAGAAAAAGAUCAUUGAAUUAGCUUUUUUGUGUUAAAAAUUAUCAAAAGAGGAAAAUUAUCAAACGUUUGUGUUAGUGGAAGAAAAUGCGAAACCAAAAGCACGGUGGGCGGAGCCGAAACAUCCGCCUUUCCCACGUGACAUCAUGUGAACGGCAGAGAUUUCGGCUCUGAAAGCGAAAAUAACAUGGCAAAUUGAAGGCGCAGGCCGCCGUAUUGCCAGAGGUCUUCGAGACGAAUCGAAAUUUUUCUCCAUAAACACAGUUUUCUGCGCGAAAGCGGCGCCGUGCAUGCACACGACACACGGCACUUUACGGAGAAAAAGUUGGCGUGGCUUUGUCGAAAAAACGCCGCCAGGGGAAACUCUGGAGUUGACAAAGUUUUUUACUAUCUUACUAUCUUCCAAUAGCUUUUCGAUAAAAUUAAAAGGUGCAAAGAAACGACCAGAAUAUCAAAAAACACGAAAAUUCCCUUCUAAAAAUUAUCAUUUUUGUUUAAUCUCAGUUGACUAUCGGUGUAUCAAUCGGUAUUGAUUUGAUUCCUGAGAAGUUCGUCUUUUUUUUUUUGAAAUCAUUCUUAUGAAACGACGAACGUGUAGGAAUUAAUUUCAAAGAUCUUCAAGUUCAACUGAAGCCGUAAAAACUCUUUCUUCAUUAAUAUUUCUUCAGAGAAGCCGCCGCGAAAAAUUGCCAGCAAGUGCUUUGGUUGUCAGGAGAGGAGAAGAAUGUUAGUUUUCUAAAUAAAUAAAAAAGUCCUUCAUUUCUAAAGAUAACCGAAGCCGGCGCGAUGAACGUCUUCCUGUUCUGGAAGAACGAACAAGGCGAGGACGAGCUCAUAACAGCUCCAGUUGAUUCUGGUUCUUUCCGAGAAGUUUCCUGGAAUUUCAAGGGUUUUUCAGGACUUCUUCUUCCUGGAGUCACUCGACAAUCGAUCCUGGAACUGGCCAAGGAAUGGAAGCAAUUCAAGGUGACGGAGAAGGAAUUUACGAUGGAUCAGUUUGUCCGGGCUCUCAAAGAGAAGAGGGUCAGUUUCGAGCAAUCGAAAAAAUGAAAUAAAUGGAAUAAAAUGGCUCAAAUUAAAGUUUGAGAUGAAGUUUUGUGUUGGAGCUUAACGCUCACAGUACGCUGAUUCUAGAAUGUUUGAUAGUAAUAUAUAAAUUUCUAGUCCCAUUACAUGACAUGUGUAGAGGUUUCCCUUCUAGAAAGUUACACAACCUCCUCAUUUUUUCUGUACCUUUCUAGGAGGUUCCACAUUGUUCUCCAAUGGUCUAUUUCUUUCGGGACAGCUCUCUAAAACUCUGGAAUUUUUCAUCUUUUUCUCUAAUCCCAAUACUUUAUAAACUCCACCUUAAUUCUGGAAGUUUUUGAUGAUAUAUUCACUCAAAAAAAGACCCAUUCAAUCGAUUAAGCAAAGAAAAGUUCACUUUUUUCUUGAGUUCUUCUUGUCGAGAAACCGCGAAAUCAAAAAAAUGCAUUAUUCUCAAUGAAAAUCGACUUUUUUUCGUUAUGAACAAAAUUAUAGUACAGAAAAACCGUCCAGAUUUCUUUCGUUAAAAAAAGUUUUUUCCGAUUUGAACCAAGGAGAAAAAAGUUACAGAUUGGUAUUUUUCGCUACCAGAACCCUAAAAAGGGGCGGAGCCACUCAAAGUCCUUAGUGAAAUUUUCAGGGUCUUGCCUAGUUAUUGUGACCAAAAUAUGGGCUCAGUAAAUUUAACCCGAGAUUUUUGGUAUAAUUCUGUUUUGCCGCUCAUCGAUCCUUUCAGAGCAUUUUUUUUUCAAAUCCAAGAAGAUUUGAGAGCGAGAAUCCAUGCAAAAGGUUUUCAGGUCUACGAGUUCUUCGGAGCUGGUACUGCCGCUGUUGUCGGACCGAUUUCUGAGAUCCUCUACCUCGACAAAACCGCUGGGAUCAACGAAAAACUGAACGUUCCGACCCUUCAGAGCAAAGUCAAGCUCAUGAACAAGUGAGUGACGACUCAGAGCGCAAGUCGUUUCGGGUCGGGUGACACCCAAAAAGUCUUAUUUUCUUAAGAUUCUACGACGCAAUCACCGGUAUCCAGUAUGGAAAGAUCCAAAAACCCGAAUGGACUCGUGUUAUUGAGGUCUGA